CGCACCCCACCAAAACAACCACCGCCCGCCAAUUUUCUGCAACAGACCCUGGAAACGCAAGAUCCUGCAGCGUGCCGAGACUGUGAAAGAAGGCUCCCUCUUUGCACCUCUUAUUGCUGCGCCGCGCUUUCCUAAGGUCUCUCGCGCGCGGGCAGCCCCGCCAUUCAGCUUCAUCCGUCCCUAGCUCCACCGCGAACGACAUCCUACCGCGAUUCCGGGGACGCACCCCAGGACACCACGACGCACGCCCACCAUGUCCGUCCUGCCCGCCGAAGUCCACACGGCUUUGGCCAAUCUGUUGAAGGGCCUCCAGUCGCCGGACAAUGUGGAGCGCACGGCCGCGGAGGAGCAGUUGAACCAGGAAUGGUUUGGACAGAGGCCGGAUGUGCUCUUGAUGGGCCUUUCUGAGCAGAUUGAGCUCGCGCAGGACUCGUCGACUCGAACAUUCGCGGCCGUAAUUUUCAGGCGGCAGUCCUCGAAACCGAAGAAGACAGCCCAGGGCCAGACGGCAGACCUGUUCUUGACCCUCGCCGAAGCCGAGCGAGAGGCAAUACGCGCAAAGCUGCUACAAUGUCUGGCCAAGGAGUCGGACCCCUCUGUGAGAGGCAAGGUUGCGGAUGCCGUGGCAGAACUUGCGCGACAGCACACAGACGAGAAUGUGCCAUGGCCGGAACUCCUGGGAGCGCUGUUCCAGGCCAGCCAGUCGAGCGACCCAGGCCAGCGGGAAACGGCGUUCCGGAUAUUUUCUACGACCCCGGGCAUAAUAGAAAAGCAGCAUGAAGAAGUCGUUAUGACUGCGUUCAAAGGCGGCUUUGCAGAUAGCAACACUGCGGUCCGAAUAGCCGCUGUCGAGGCCUUUGCCUCAUUUUUCCGCUCCAUCACGAAAAAGGCACAACCAAAAUACUUCCAGCUCAUUCCAGAGAUACUUAACAUACUCCCGCCGAUUAAGGAGUCCGGGGACGGCGAUCUGCUCACGAAGGCUCUCAUCUCGUUGAUUGACCUAGCCGAAAUCGCACCGAAGAUGUUCAAGCCUCUGUUCAAUAGCCUUGUGCAAUUCAGCGUCUCGGUCAUUCAAGACAAAGACCUCGGGGAUACACCUCGUCAGAAUGCGCUUGAGCUUAUGGCGACUUUUGCAGACUGCGCGCCGCAAAUGUGCAGGAAGGACCCGAACUUCACCAAUGACAUGGUCACUCAAUGCUUAUCCCUGAUGACCGAUGUUGGCAUUGACGAUGAUGAGGCCAAGGAAUGGAAUGCCUCCGAAGAUCUCGAACAAGAUGAGAGCGAUUCAAAUCACGUCGCAGGAGAGCAAUGCAUGGAUCGUCUCGCCAACAAGCUCGGUGGCCAGACGAUUCUCCCUCCAACCUUCAACUGGCUCCCGCGGAUGAUGACUUCUAAUUCGUGGCGCGACAGACAUGCCGCUCUCAUGGCUAUCUCAGCUAUCUCUGAGGGCUGCCGCGAAUUGAUGGUCGGUGAACUUGACAAGGUCCUUGAUCUCGUCCUUCCAGCAUUGCGAGAUCAGCACCCUCGAGUGCGAUGGGCAGGCUGUAAUGCAGUUGGUCAAAUGAGCACCGAUUUCGCCGGCACGAUGCAGGAAAAGUACCACCAAGUUGUAUUGCCAAACAUCAUUCCCGUCUUGGAGUCAUCGGAACCACGCGUACAAGCUCAUGCCGCGGCCGCCCUCGUCAACUUCUGUGAAGAGGCGGAAAAGAAUAUCCUCGAACCCUACCUGGACCAGUUGCUCAGCCAUCUGCUCAUGCUUUUGCAGAGCCCCAAGCGCUUCGUUCAAGAGCAAGCCCUUUCGACAAUCGCCACAGUGGCCGAUUCAGCCGAGGCGGCAUUCUCAAAGUAUUAUGAUACUUUGAUGCCUCUUCUUUUCAACGUUCUCAAUGAGGAGCAAUCAAAGGAGUAUCGACUACUCCGGGCAAAAGCUAUGGAGUGCGCCACUCUUAUUGCGCUUGCGGUGGGCAAGGACCGUAUGGGCCAGGAUGCACUUUCGCUGGUGCAGCUCUUGGGUCACAUCCAGAACACGGUGUCGGACGCGGAUGAUCCACAGGCUUCCUAUCUUCUGCACUGCUGGGGUCGCAUGUGCCGAGUCCUGGGGAAGGAGUUCGUUCCGUUCCUUGCUGGAGUCAUUCCACCUUUGACCGAGCUUGCCGGUGCGAAAGCCGAUAUCCAACUUCUGGAUGAUGAAGACCAGGUCGCACAAGUCCAAGAGGAGGACGGCUGGGAACUUGUGCCUUUGAAGGGCAAAGUCAUCGGUAUCAAAACUAGCACGUUGGAUGACAAGCACAUGGCUAUCGAACUGAUUGUCAUCUACGCGCAAGUCCUAGAAGACGCGUUCGAGCCGUAUGUCAACGACAUUAUGGACAAGAUUGCUCUUCCUGGAUUGGCCUUCUUUUUCCACGACCCGGUACGUGUGGCGUCGGCGAAGUGUGUACCGGCGCUCCUCAAUGCCUACAAGAAGGCCCACGGACCUCAGUCGACGCAGCUCGGCCAACUGUGGGAGCGGACAGUCGAGCGUGUACUUGAGGUUCUCAGCACCGAGCCUGCCAUUGAUACCCUGGCAGAGAUGUAUCAGUGCUUCUACGAAUGCCUUGAGUGCAUAGGAAAGAACUGCUUGACCAGCACGCACAUGGCCACCUUCAUCGAAUCCGCUCGUAGCGUUCUGAAGGACUAUCAGGAUCGUGUGAAGGAACGUCUAGAAGAGCAGGCCGAAAAUGAAGAUGGUGAGGAGGCUAACGAAGAGACCCUCUUCGCCAUCGAGGACGAUCAGACUCUCCUGUCCGAUAUGAACAAGGCUUUCCACACCAUCUUCAAAAACAUGGGCACCAGUUUCCUCCCGUAUUGGGAACAACUUAUGGACUUUUACAAGAUGGCCGCGGCCAACCAGGAUCCUACGCAGCGGCAGUGGGCCAUCUGUAUCUUCGAUGACGUUCUCGAAUUCUGCGGUCCGCAGUCCUGGAGCUACCACGAGCAUAUCAUCCAGCCACUGGUUGCUGGUAUGCAAGAUAGUGUACCUGCCAAUCGGCAAGCAGCAGCCUAUGGCGUGGGCGUCGCUGCUCACAAAGGCGGUGAAUCGUGGUCAGACUUUGCAGCAGCGAGCUUGCCGACGCUGUUCGCAAUUACGCAGCGCUCGAAUGCUCGUGAGGAUGACGAUGUAUUCGCUACGGAGAACGCUUGCGCAAGUAUUGCGAAGAUACUCCAUUACAGCCCCGCCAAAGUGCAGAACUGGCAGGAUGUCGCUACUGAAUGGGUGCAUACGCUGCCGGUUACGAACGACGAGGAGGCCGCGCCGUUCGCGUACGCAUUCUUGGCCCAGUUGAUCGAACAACAAAACCCCGCUGUCUUCGGCCACCCAGUCAAGUGCUUCGUCUCCGUCGUCCAGGCACUUGAAGCCGAGACCCUGCAAGGCCAGACGGCCUCCCGUGUCGUCAACUCCAUCAAAGCGCUCGUCCAGGCCACCAACACAAACCUCGCACAGGUAGCCGGCAGCCUGACGCCCGAGCAGCAGAGGACUGUACAAGUGUACUUCAGCUAGGUACCCAGUACGCUGGUGAAACUCGUGAAUACAGUGCAGGGGAGCGCUUUUGGCUUUCCGAACCGAUGAGCGCGAUGGCGAUGAUGCAUGGCUACAAGGUUUCGAGCAUACUGGAGGAAUGGUCUUCGCGAGGUAAGGCUGAACUCUUCAUUUUCAUUCUUGUUUGGCGAUUAUUACACGAUUCCCCCCUUCCCCCCUUCCCCAUCCCCUAUGUCACCGCUGCCACAUCGUCUGUUUAAUGAUUGGGAUAGACCGACGGUGGAUGGGAUCAUGUCAAGUACGGCUGGAUGGCCAGCCUACUUUGUUCAUCUGCGUAGAGAACAAAUCAUUCAGUG